GUUGGUGUUUUUAUUUCAAUUAAGGUGUAUGAAUUGAUGCUGCGAGAUGAAAGAUUCUACCCUUCGUUCAAACAGAACGUGUUGUAUGUGCGUAUGUUAGCUGAGCUGGAUAUGUUGAAGGAUCCUAGUUUCAGAGGAUCAGAUGAUGGUGAAGGAGAAUCUUUUAAUGGGUCCCCUACUGGCAGCAUAAAUCUGUCCUUAGAUGACCUUCCAAAUGUCCCUUCUGAUGACACAGUUCAACUCCAUGCAUACAUCUCAGAUACUGGAGUGUGUAAUGACCACGGCAAGACAUAUGCGCUGUAUGCUAUCACAGUCCAUCGGCGAAAUCCAAACAGUGAAGAGACGUGGAAGACGUAUCGACGCUACAGUGACUUCCAUGACUUUCAUAUGAGGAUCACUGAGCAGUUUGAAAACCUUGCAAAUAUACUGAAACUUCCUGGCAAAAAAACAUUUAACAAUAUGGACAGAGAAUUUUUGGAAAAGAGGAAAAAAGAUUUAAAUGCAUAUUUGCAGCUCUUGUUAAAUCCUGAAAUGAUGAAAGCUUCUCCAGCUUUAGCCCAUUAUGUGUAUGACUUCCUGGAGAAUAAAGCCUACAGCAAAGGGAAGGGGGAUUUUGCACGGAAGAUGGACACAUUUGUAAACCCACUGCGUAACUCUAUGAGAAAUGUAUCAAAUGCAGUCAAGUCUCUCCCUGACAGCCUGGCAGAGGGAAUGACUAAAAUGUCAGACAACAUGGGUAAAAUGUCAGAGAGAUUGGGACAAGACAUAAAGCAAUCGUUUUUCAAGGUGCCUCCUUUGAUCCAGAAAACCUAUUCAGAUCCUGACCAUUGCCGUGUUGCAGCACCAAUUGAUGACAAUGUGGAUGACAAUAUUCCACUGAGAGUAAUGCUCCUCCUUAUGGAUGAAGUCUUUGAUUUAAAGGAAAGAAAUCAGUGGUUAAGAAGAAAUAUAAAAAAUCUGCUUCAGCAACUUAUUAGAGCAACAUAUGGUGACACAAUUAAUAGAAAAAUAGUUGAUCACGUUGAUUGGAUGACAUCUCCUGAGCAAGUAGCAGAUGCAGUGAAGCGCUUCAGAGAUGCUUUUUGGCCCAAUGGCAUUUUAGCAGAGACUGUUCCACGGAGGGACAAAGCUAUUAGAAUGAGAACAAGAGUGGCAGGGAAGACCAAAUUACUGGAGGUAAUGCCAG